AUGUCUGGACGUCAAGGUGGUAAAGCAAAGCCUUUGAAGGCACCUAAGAAAAAACAACAAGAUGAAGAUGAAGAUGAUGCAGCUUUCAAAGCAAAACAAAAAGCAGAUGCUGCUGCCAAAAAAGCCAUGGCUGAAAAGGCUAAAAAAGGUGGUCCAUUAGUUGGUGGAGGUAUUAAAAAGAGUGUUGGAUCUGGAUAUGAUGUUUUGACGUUUUGA